AGCAGCGCAGAGCGCGGUGGCCAAUGGGGUGCGGUGUUGCUGAGCGGUGGGUGUGUGGGAGGCGCGAGCAGCUCCGCUCCCCCUCACAGCGCGAGCCUCGGGCGGCGGUUGGUUUGAGCGGGAAGCCGUGAGGAGGAGGAGGAGGAGGAAGAGAGAGAAGAGGAAGGUGAGCGGAGAUGCCCGACUACCUGGAGGACCCCUCGGUGCUGACCAAGGAGCGGCUGAAGAGCGAGCUGCUGGCCCACAGCGUGUCGCUGCCGCACGGCGAGCACAGGAAGGACGUGUAUGUGCAGCUGUACCUGCAGCACCUCACGGCCCGCAACCAGGGCCGCAGCCUCGAGUUCUCCAGCGACGAUGAUGAGGAGGAGGAGGGCGCGGCGGCGGCGGCGCGGGCCAGGAGCGGCCCGGGGGCCAGGAAAGCCACGAAGAAGACAGACAAAACCAAAGUGGAUGAUUAUGUGGAUGUGACCGAGCUGACUGACGAGGAUCUGAAAGAAGAGCUUGUAAAGUUUGGAUAUUCUCCUGGUCCUAUUGUUGCCACCACAAGGAAGGUGUAUGAGAAGAAGCUGCUGAAGCUGUUGAACCAGGACUCAGUUGCUGAGGAAAUCCAGCCGAAUGGCAGCACGGAUUCUGAUCAGUAUAGCGACACGGAAGAAGACAUCCAGACUGUGCAGAAGGAAGUAUUUGUAAGUGAGAUUAUAAGCAACACAAAGACCCAUGUCACCAGGCAAAGAAAAACAGAGUACAAUCAGGAUAAACCCACCCCAGAGAAGAUUGUGAACUACUCUACUAGACCUGACAAGCGAUCCAUGCAAUGGAAAACAGCUGAUCACGUGAUCUCGACCAGAGACCAGGUGGUAGAAAAAGCCGCGGUGAAGGAGAAUUUGCUUCAAGAUUUGUGUCCCACUGAAGCACCGACUCCUACAGGAAUCAGUGCCACUUGCCGUAAACCAAUCCGAGGGGCUGCCGGGAGACCGAUAGAAUUCACUUACAAGGAUACACCUCUGAGGAGUGCAAGAGUUCAAGCAAAUUAUUUUCCAAAAGUCCAGCCAAAAGUAACUCAAGCUAAACCAGAGAAGAGUAAAAGCAAGCGCUCUGUGCCCAUCUGGAUCCAGAUUGUGCUCCUUAUCCUUGUGGCUUUCUUCUUGUUUAUGGUUUAUCAAGCUAUGGAAACCAACAAGGGCAAUCCCUUUGCUCUUAAUUCAGGCUCCCCUGGAUUGCCCACUGGGAGUGAGUGAGUGAGUCAGGCAGCACGUUGAGUACCAGUGUGGCAAGCUUAACCAUUGUUUAGUGCAUUCUGAAAUACUGAGCAGGACGAGCAACUCUGCUUUGUCAUCAAUAGACUUGGAGUGAAAAAUCGUGUCAAACAAAAUCUUAUGAUAAAACAAAGUGGACAUCUGAGAUGAAUCUGACUUCUGAUUUAAGAACCGACUUUAUUAAGUCUGCGUGCCAUACAAAGUAACUCGUUUAAAAGUUGCUGCCUCCUUUUUUGUAAACUAUUUUUCUAAAGUUAGAUUUUCUUGACCAAGCAAUUGAUCGGUGGUACAGUUUGUGUAAUGAAUGCAGUAAAGGUACAAUGUGAAGCUCUGUGUGCUUGCAACGGUUUUAAAUAUUAUUUCCUUUGGGAUUAACGUGUAUGUGAAAUUACCAUUUUUUUUUGAAACUUUUUAUAUGUUUUUGAGGAAGGUUAGGCUAUUGUUUACAUAAGGGUGGGGUAAAGGAAAGGUGUUCUACAAGUAACACUGAUUUGGGUAAUAAGAUUGCUUUAACCUGUAUUGGACCUGUCGGGUAAAGAUUAGAUUAAAAAUUUCUCAUUUACUGGUUACAGUAUCCACGACAAAUUAUGUUUGAGAGAACAUUUGUUCCUGAGGAAUUGCUAUUAGCUGGAGCUAAAAAUUACAUCUUGAGCCUUGACACAUACAAUAAUCAUUUCUGCUGGUAUCAAAUAUUCUCCACUUCUCAUUGCUAACCGUUACUGUGAUGUUUUUAUAGCUCACUGUGUUAGAUCACAUAGCCAUAUACAAAUGUCUAUAGUAAUCGUCUAGACUUGUGUAUUUUAAUUGAUUAGAAAAUCAUGUCUCUUUAGGAAACUUAUUUAUUAGCAAUACUAAGUGUCCAUAUUUGAAAUAAAAUUUCCAGUAAUGACUA